AAAAACCACUCAAUAACUUGUAUUUAAUUGUCCUUUUGACGAAUAUCACGUAUUUCUCAUAGAAAAUUAUUUUUUAUUAUGAAAAUGUUAAAUAAAUUUAUAUGAUUCUUGUGAAAAAUUGCAAAGAAAAUACGAGGUCUGUUCAAAAAGUUCCCGGAAUUUUUUAAUUGCGCGCGUCUGGAGAGUCCGGUGGACAAAUUUUUUUUAUUGUGUUGGUACAUAUGUCCCUAAUGUAUGGUGAAAUUUUCAGCUGUAUUCAUUGUUUACAUUCUGUCUUGUAGCGGCUGGUGUAGACGUGUUUUUUUGAGCUCGGCGAUUUUUGUUAGUUUAAACAAUGGAAGAAUUGAAGAGUCAAAGAAUUUAUUAUCAAUUUUGCGUGAAAAAUGAAAUAAAGUGUAACCAAGUGUGCGAAAUGUUACAGAGAGCCUACGGUGAGUCUGCUAUGAAAAAAACAAGUGCUUACGAGUGGUAUAAGCGUUUCCAAGAUGGCCGCGAAGACGUUGAAGACGACGAACGCUCCGGUCGACCCAGCACGUCAAUAAUCGAUGAAAAUGUGGGAAAAGUGGAAAAUAUGAUUAUGGAUGAUCGCCGAAUCACUAUUAGAGAAGUUGCUGAUAAAGUUGGCAUAUCAGUUGGCUCAUGCCAUCAUAUUUUUUCAAAUGUUUUGGGCAUGAAACGAGUGGCAGCAAAAUUCGUUCCAAAACUGCUGAAUUUUGAUCAAAAAAACAAACGCAUUACCAUCGCUUUAUCAUGCCCCAAACUCCUUAUUCAUCAGAUAUCGCUCCGUGUGAUUUUUUCCUGUUCCCAAAGUUGAAGAGACCCAUGAAAGGACAGCGUUUUUCAUCAAUUGAAGAGAUAAAGGCAGAAUCGCUGAGAGUGCUACAGAGCAUUACAAAAAGUGACUAUCAGGGGUGUUUCGAAGACUGGAAAAAACGCUGGCAUAAGUGUAUUAUAUCUAGGGGGAUUACUUUGAAGGGGACCAUAUAGAUGUAGACGAAUAAAUAAAAAAUUUUUUAGAAAAAUGAGAAUUCCGGGUACUUUUUGAACAGACCUCGUAUUACUUUUUACUAGCACAACUGUAGUUUGUGAACAUGCAAGUUUUAUUUGUAGUUUGGAUUGAAAUUUGGAGUAAUUUUGAAUGAAUCUUGUACAAUGCCUUCCAAAUUAUGGAAUGUGAAAAAAAACUUAUAUUAUUAGGAUUAAAGUUAGGUCAGCUCAGCCAUUUUCUAUAAACAAGAUUUCGUUUAUUCACAGUUCGACAAUUUGGCUGCAAUUUCGCGAUAAAGAAAAAAGUGAGUGAAUACGUUUUCUAUUUAAUGGAUGCGAAAUCCGGGCUUUUCGUUUGCAUUUUUUACAACCUCUUCAGCAACUUUCCUCGGUACAAAACGUCAGUUUGCAGUUGAACUGUAACUCUCUGACAACGCUUUCGCUUAACGUUUACUCGAUAGUUUUUUCUUACGUGGAGCACUAGCGUGAGCCGUUCCCUGGGCACCACCUCAACGUGUUCACUGCAUGCCAUUACAGGUACUUUGUUUCGUUAUGGCAAGAUGCCAAAUCCAACCAAAACAAACUAGCAACAAGCCUAUGUUGCUAGAACAUAAGCUACAUACGUUUUUAAAUAAAUAAAUUACCACACAAGAUAUUCGACAUCGUCAGCUUGAUCUGCUUUAAAAUUCAUGUCACUUUUGUCCAGUAUCCAGGUAGGGGAUGUCUUGACGUAACUUUCCAUUAUCCUGUACCCCGUAGUCAAACUUCGUCAGUAUCUUCAUGUACAGCUACCACGAUCAUACCUUCAUGUAAACAACUGGCCACUUUUUCCGAUGUUUUAUCGGCCUCCGGUUUAGGUUUCCUCUCGAUCCAGUCUUCCAGGCUAUCGAAAAGCGAUCUCCGAAAUCUUUUAUUACGUUGGUAACAGUUGAUCUCAUCACAUUCAAACAUUUUCCCAACUUGAAGUGCGGAUAGUUCGGAUUUACGCGAUGCCAAAUUCCGCAAAAAAUUAAUUACUUGAUCUGACCAAGAACGAGAAUGAGAUUUCACAUAACUUACAAGACGUUUUAAUAUGGUGCGUAAUAUUGUCAUAAUGACAAUAACAACAACAGUUCUCUCUCUCUUUUUAUGGUUCAGACCUACUAGUCCAUGUAAACCAAUCAAAGUUCGUACUGCAUGACGUCAAAGUUUUAAGAUAUAACCUUAAUAAAUGUAAUGACGCGCUGUGCUGUUUUUUACUGUUACGAACAAAUACAGAAUUCAAUUAUGCAAACUAGAUUGACUGACGACACUGCAUUAAAACUAUGGUUUAUAGACAUAUAGAGCAAACCUCUACUACGGCAACGCUUCACGAUGAUUCACUUGCAACCCGAGAAGAUGUAAACGAUCAAUAUUGGUGUUAAUGUUUGCGCUCAUACAUAAAAAAAACUGACAUAAGAAACGUGCAACUCCAAGAAACAACUCAGCAACAGAAUGCAAAUAUGGAUAUAUUAGCAAACAAAACACACUGUUUACCAUGAGAACAUUCUUCGCUCGUUACUUUGUAAGCGCUCGUAUAUCAGAUAAUUACAAGCUCUCGUAGAGACCUCUUCGAUAGUAAAACCUUUAUGAAUGAGUAAGUGAGGUCAGCGAAUACUACAGCAGUGAAAUGCGUUAACUCCUACCAUUCAGUAAAUUUUCAUGCGCUUAUGGUCCAAGUCAGGUCUAACGAACAGUAUCGAGAAAAAUGUUUCAACAGAGUGAUGUGAAUUUUACUGCAUUCUAUUUUAAAUGUGUUCUCUUGAAUUAGCGGCGCAAUCAGGUUUCAUGAACAAGGCGAUGAUGUGAUAAAAUUUAGCUAGAAAAAAUAUAAAAAGCUACCCAAUAAGGCUUUAUUGUGCUGAAUUUCCAUAACAGUGAUAAUCCCAGUCCUGUUUUUAUGGUGCAGUGUACGAUGAGUAGUAUAAUUUUGACGUAUAUGAUCAGUGCGAUCAUACUGAAAAGGCAGUGAAUUGUAGUAAAUUUCAUGAGCACGCGCAAAAGAACAAAUCACAAUGACAACGCUGCUGAAGAACGUCACCAACAGUAUCUGGCACGCGUUCAGUGCUCUUCAACAAGAUGCUUCAGGAUUCGUGGGGAAGUCGAAGCUCAAGGUUCUCACAGCAAAUAUUGCCACUCUACUGGAUCUUUACGGAGUGGAACGUGGACUGGAUCAUUACCGAUCGACAGCGAUACUGAAUUUUGACCACUAUCUGUACUAUCUUGGCCAAGAGGUCUUUUCUUCUGUUUCUAACGAACUACCUCUAUCGGCGCUACGAAAUUAUGAAACCAAAAUCGACGAGGUCUGUUGGUUAGUCUGCCACAAAAACUUCGACGUCGAUGAUGCCUAUUUCAAAGGAGACGCUGUUUACCAGCUGUUCCGCAUUUUUUGCCUGAUGGCGGAUCUAUACACCGAUGAUAUGAGCAACAAUCAGCUGACAGUGAAAAUUCAUCCGUCGGAAGCAUUAAUUGUCGUCAAACAGUUGCUAAAUUCACUCGGAUUGGACUACAACAACGAAGAGAAAUACGACUAUUUGAAAAAGUCGGACAAAGGGUUGGACUUCUGCGAAUUUUUGGAGAUGUUGAGAUUCAAAGACUACAAUAAAGUGAACGAUUAUGUUGCAUCCAUCUGCGAAGCUAUUCGCGAUAUCUACCAAACCUUGAUUAUGGAUGUGAUUAAGAAGGGAUGUCUGUUCAGGAGAGGGUAUGUCCUACCAACGUUUAGAGAAUACUUUUUUGUUCUACAACCAUGUGAGUUGUCAUACUACAAACAUCACACUGAUAAGGAGGUUUGCGGAACAAUCGCUCUAGACUCAAAAUUCAUGGUGAAGCCAAGUAUUUCCUCCUCAGGGAAAACUGAAAGAAUUCAAAAAUUCACUCUAGUUUCCGGAGAUCGAACUUAUGAGUUGGGAGCACAAGAUCACAGAACACGACUUCAGUGGAUAUCGGCUUUACAACUUGCCAUAACCUAUUCCACUGGUCGCGAGGGUUUCCAACGAGACACGGUUAAUCGAAGAAAGCAGCAAAGAGAACUUGAUCUGAGAAAGCAGCAAGAGGAAGAACACCUGCGUAGUAUUCAUUUAAAGCAGCUACUGGAGACGAAUGUUCAACUGGAACAAGAAAAAAUUGCCCGAUUAGCUGCGGAAACACAAGCUCGACAGUUUCAGGAAGUUGCAAGGGAAGACUCUCGUCGAGUCGCCGAACUGGAAGAUGUUAAACUCUGUCUGGAAAAGAUGCUCGAGGAUGAGAUUCAAGCUAAACGAGACGAGGAAAUUGUUCGGGCAUUGCAGGCACGUGUUCUAGCGGAAGAGUGGGACAAGCGAGAGGAACUCGAGAGCCUUCAAGCAGAACAGAUGGUUUUACUGGAGCAAGAGCGACAGAAACGGAUUGAGUUUGAGCAAAAACAACAGGAGAAUGAAAAACGUUUCAAGGAAGCAGAACAAAAGUUACGUCAGCUAGAGGAGGAACGUAAAAAACUGGAUCGGGAAUUGAAGCAAGCUCGACAGAAAAUUCAACUGUCCGAAGAUAAUAAAGGCAUAGUCGAAGCCAAAUUACAGGCGAUGGCUCCGACCUUUAGAAAAACUCCGGACUUUAUGAUUCGUCGAACCCAAUCGUUUGUGGCUUCCGAUCGACCUGUUAUCAUGGCUGUUCCACGCUGAUGUUCGACUUCGCUACAAUGCACAGUGCCAGUAAAUUUGCUGAAUAGCUUAUAUCUUAAAUUAUAAUCCUCGUUACGCAUAGGAACAAAUUAUUUUUCCCUAACGUGUAAGAAAAACGUGCUAUUUCUAGUAAUAUUUGUUGUAGUUUACUGCUGAUCAGUGUGCUGCAAUGCAAUGUGGAGUUGAAAAGAAACACCAUAACACUUCGUAUUCGAAAA